AACAGAGUGAUUGGCUAGCUGUCAGAUGUCACGUUGUAAAGACCGUGGCUUCUUAAACAGUGUCUAACUCGCUCAGCACUCCAUUGUGACACAAGGACUUUAUCUGGAUCAGAAGUGACCGAAUUCAAGUGAAAAUUUCACCCAUUUGAUCCACACCAGGCAGCUGCUGCAGAUCAGUCACUGAAAUUCCAAGGAACCCAGAAAAAGGUCUGUCUGAAAUCUCUCAUGAUGAGUACUUCAACCAUGCCAAUCUUCCUUCCAACAACAAACAACCAGGUUCAUGGGACUAAUCAGAGUGGGGCUGUGGGAAAGACAGAGCCAUCCUAUGCUGUCCUCAAGUUCAUGGAGAGCUUCUGCCUCAUCAGUGCUGCCUGCGGCAUGGUAGGAAAUGGUAUGGUGCUAUGGUACCUUGGCUUCCGCAUCCGGAGAAACCACUUCACGGUCUACAUCCUGAACCUGGCUGCUGCCGACUUUGGGUAUCUCCUCUGCAUUGCCAUAGAGACGGUUCAGUACCUGAUGCAAUUCAACGUAGGGGUGCAGUUUGGGAUAUUCCUCUUCCUGGAUCUUUUCAUGUACGGGACUGGCUUGUACCUCCUGACCGCCAUCAGCAUUGAGAGGUGCCUGUCUGUGCUUUGUCCCAUAUGGUGCCGAAGCCACCGCCCAAAGCACUUGUCUGCCAUCAUCUCUGGCCUGCUCUGGGGUAUCUCCUUGCUGCUGAACACUCUUGGGUAUGCUGUGUGUUCUGUGCGCCGCUCUGCCAGGACCUGCCAGAUCGUGCUCAUCACCAUUGGAGCCUUGGACUUCAUCUUCUGCGCACCCCUAAUGCUGCUCUUCAGCCUCACCCUCUUCCUUAGAGUCAAGUGCAGCUCUCAACAUCUUCGGACAGGCAGGCUCUUUACUGUCAUCAUGCUCACCGUCCUCUUCUUCCUCAUUUUCGCUGUGCCUCUGAGCGUCUUGAUCCUCUUAGACUUCUUGGGCUACAAAUUCCUCUACUCCCCAGAGAUUGGUUUUGUGCUGUCCUGUGUGAAUAGCACCCUCAACCCUGUCAUUUACUUCCUGGUGGGGAGCUACAGGGAUCGGAGAAUCAAGUUUACCCUCAGGCUGGCAUUCCAGAGGGCCUUUGAAGAUUCAGCAGAUGACAAAGAUGAACAGGAAACCCAUGACACAAUUACUAUGUCUUCCUAACACCCUCCUGUGCCUAACAGCAACACUGGGCUGGAGCUGAGGGCUGAUAGUCUACAGAACUGAAGAUCUCUGAGAUAACGGGGAAGGUUUAUCUCACCUGACCUUCAGUAUCUUCAUUGUACAUCUCCAGCCUUUAGCUAGAUUUUAAGCUCCAUCAAUGGUAAGUGAAAACACAUGAACACCUGGACCACAGAAUUUACCUGACCUCUGUUAGGACCACAUUGAAAGUGUCUAUUUCUCCUCAGUGGCCAUUUCAACUUGGUGAGGUGGGAUAUCUUGGUGUCUGUAUUACAUCAAAGGAAUCCCACUCAGAGUAUGCAGUUCACUCAAUAAAUCUCUGUCUUUCAGAGCACAACAAUAUCAAACUCAUAUAUCUCAUAAGUCACUUUUUACUCAGAUCUCUGAAGAUGAAAUGGGAACCAAUCCUCCUCCUGUUGAGAUCAGCCAUGAAAUCCCUGGAAGGAGACUCUCUCUCGUUUAAUAUUAAAUACCUGUAUCUCAGCCACUAAUGCAACUUUCUGCUGCUUACAGAGUGCACAGUUCUUUGCUUCCUCAUGUGCUCAUUCCGAAUAGUGAAAUGAAUCAUGCCCUGGAAGUUCCUUUCUUCUAUUAGCAAGGGAAGUUUCCAUACCAUGGAGCUGUGAUGCAGCAGAAAAGGGCCCCAAACCCUACCAACUUGCCUUAAAACUUUAUGCAUGGAGUUGUAUUCUCCCUUUUCUUGUGUUUCAAAGAAAUACAUGGCUGGAGUUGCAUAUUGCUUUACCUUCCUCCAGCCCAGGACGGAGUGUCUUCAGCUAUCUACAGCAUGCAUUGGGUUGUUAUUCCUCCCUUUAAGAAGGACUGAUAAGAACCCGUGGCUUCUAACAUCACCUCUACUGAUAGAAUUAAAAUCAAGGAUAGGGGACAAAAUAAGAAACAGAAGAAAGGUAAAUGAAUACCACAAUUUGCAACAAAUUAUUCUCUAGACCCUUGACAUGGGAGAUGUGAUUAUUUGAAGUGUGGUACUAUCAGGUGUGACAUUUGCACUUUUAACCGGAAUAUAUAGGAGAAGUAACACAGGUCAUUUUCUUUGAGAAACCUUCUAGAUCUCCACUUCAUACCUUCAUCUGUGAAUGUUUUCCUAAAGGGAAGCUGCAUUCUUCUACUGUCUAUUAUCUUUAUCCUGUUGCUUUUUGCUUCUUGUUUACAGUUCCUGAAAGCUGAAAUUUGAGUUGCAUUUCUACUAUUCUUUAAUUUUUAAUGUUCUGUGGUUCUGCAAUGUACAUACAGUUGAUUCAGAUUAGGGCUGUGUCAUCAAUUAUUUUUAGUAAGGUGGUUUUUUUCCUCCUAACUUCUACUGCUGAGGGGAUGAGAGCAUUGAUUUAUCAGAAAACAUGUUCUAAAUGUUUUUGGUUUAAUAUCUGUAAUGAUUUUAUCAUUGGGAGAACUGAAACUUUUCUGUUAUUAUUAAAAAUGUGAAAACCCCCCUUUUUUUAAAAGAGAAAACAAUUUGCAUGUGAAAACAUUCUUGUGCUCAGAAAAAGCCAUCAACUGAUAAAAAC